AGAAUAAUAUGAACUAUAUACCUGAGUUGGAAUUAUUUCCUCAUGAUGACAUGCUUUCAUCAUCUUCUGUUUUGUUCUGUGUUUAUACAUUGUAUCUGCAUGUGUGUGAAUCAGUGAAAAUUAUGGACAAUAAAUGUAUUCAAUUAAUUCAAUUCAAUAAUUGAAAAAAAAUACAGUCUAAAAGACUAAAGACUUCAGACAGUAUUGUUUUUUUCUUCUUCCUUUUUAUACGGUACGGUAUCUGCUAAUGAGCAUGCACGAUGUCGGCUGCGACUUCAAGAAAGAGGCCCGCACGUGGCAAGGCAAAUGAUGACUUAGAAGAAAAGUUCAACUUGUUCGUAGAUGCUCCUGCAGAUGAGGAAGAGGAUGAUGACAGCACUGAUUCCGAUUUAUCUCAAGAGAGUCUUACAGAUAGUGAAGAAGGAGAAUAUGACCCCUUUCCAAAUUUCAACGAUAGUGAUGGAGAGGAUGAAGACUUCAAUCCCAGUGAUGAGGAUGAUGAAUCCUUUUCUGAGAUGUCAGAAGAGGAUGAUACGAGUGAAGAUGCCGAUGAUGAAGAAACUAAAGAUGAACCUAAGACACUCCUGAAUAAAGGGAAGCAGCUGAAGAAAGGCAAAAGGCAAGAGCUUAAUAGAAAGAAGGUAGCCAAGAACAACGAUGAUGUCACUGACAAUUCCUUGAGAUCAGCUGUUGCAGGGGAAUCCCCCAAAGAACCCUUGGACAACCAACCACCUCAGAGCAAUGAAUAUGACUUUGAUUCAUCAGAUGAAGAGGACAUAAGGAACACAGUAGGGAAUAUCCCCAUGGAGUGGUAUGAAGGUUACAAGCAUCUUGGAUACGAUGUCAAAGGUCAACGGAUAGUCAAACCAGAAGGAAGAGAUAAACUAGAUGAAUUCCUCAACAAGAUGGAUAACCCCGAUUAUUGGAAGACUGUCUUUGAUAAGAAGCUUGGUAAAGAUGUGGUGCUCAGUGAAGAACAGUUAUUGACCAUUCAACGAAUCCAACGAGGCUUCUAUCCCGAGACGACCUUUGACCCGUAUGAACCUUACAUCGAUCAUUUCACUUACGAGAAGAUGAUCCAUCCAGUCACCCGGAGACCGGCUCAUAAACGAAGCUUUAUUCCUUCACUCACUGAGAAAGACAAGGUUAGCAAGUUGGUUCAUGCAAUAAAAAUGGGUUGGAUGAAACUACCCAGUGAGCUAGAAGCUGAAAGAAAGAAGAAAGAGGAAGAAGAAAAGAGAGGACCAAAGUUUUACGAUAUGUGGGGUAAAGAUGACGAGACCAAGAUCACCAAGCGUCAUCAUGCUCACAUCGCUGCUCCGAAGAUGAAACUCCCGGGUCAUGAAGAAUCUUAUAAUCCGCUUCCAGAAUAUCUUCCAACUGAAGAAGAGAUCCUUGCUUGGAAUGAACAAGAUGCUGAUGAAAGAAAGAUUGACUUCGUUCCAAAGAAAUACGACUGUCUUCGGAAGGUGCCUUACUAUCCCCGCUUCAUUCAGGAUCGGUUUGAGAGAUGCUUAGAUCUGUAUCUAUGUCCUAGGCAGAGGAGAAUGAGGGUUCAAGUUGAGCCAGAAGAGCUACUUCCUCAGCUUCCAAGACCAAAGGAUCUUCAACCUUUCCCAACCACUCAAGCUGUUGUAUAUGAAGGUCAUAAGAGCUAUGUCAGGUCCAUCAGUACGGACCCCUCAGGACAAUGGUUUGUCUCAGGUUCAGAUGACAAGACGGCAAGAUUCUGGGAGGUGUCUACAGGACGGUGCAUGAAGACCAUUGAGCUGCCAGAUACUGUCCUCAACGUUGCCUGGUGUCCAAACCCAGCUGUUUGUCUGGUAGCCGUGUGUGCAGAGAACAGUAUCUACAUCAUCAACCCCCAUCUUGGUGAUAAGAUGGUUGCUUCAGGAACGGACAGGUUGAUAGAUGGAUACGAGAGACCGGAGGAACUGAGGACGUCACCCCUGGUAGAGUGGAUUGUGGUGGAAGAUGAGGAGAAGAAGGAAGAAGGAUUCAGGUUACAGCUCAAACAUUUCAAGGGAGUGAAGCAGGUCACGUGGCACGGUAAAGGAGAUUAUUUCUCCGCUGUGAUACCAGACGGUGGAAACUCAUCCGUUCUAAUCCAUCAACUAUCCAAGAGAAGAUCGCAAACUCCAUUCAGGAAGAACAAAGGACUGGUCCAAUGCGUAGCCUUUCAUCCUACUAGACCAUUCUUCUUUGUUGCAACACAACGUUUCAUCCGUGUGUAUAAUCUGUUGAAGCAAGAACUGACUAAGAAGCUUAUAUCCAGUGCUAAGUGGGUUUCCAGUAUUUCAAUACAUCCAGCAGGUGACAAUGUAUUAAUAGGAAGCUACGAUUGCCGGGUAUCAUGGUUUGACAUGGAUCUAUCUACUAAACCAUACCAGACACUCAGACAUCAUAGGAAAGCUGUGAGGCAAGUCAACUACCAUCAUCGUUAUCCACUCUUUGCUUCGGCAUCAGACGACGGCGUUGCCUUGAUAUUCCACGGCCAAGUCUACAAUGAUCUACUUCAGAACCCACUGAUAGUACCAGUCAAGGUUCUACGAGGUCACGUCAUAACAAACGGUCUGGGUGUCCUUGCUUGCGAGUUCCAUCCCAGUCAGCCAUGGAUAUUAACUGCUGGAGCGGAUGCAACCAUUAGACUCUUCACAUGAUGACCGUGUCUUGGAGUGGCGGAUCCAGCGAGGUUUGAUAGAUGAAAUACCAUUUCACAGACCAUACUACUUGUGCACAAUGGUGGACCCAUCCAGAGUAUUGUGUUUUAUCUGGCAGCAUGGAUCCAUCCAUGGUGUCCUGGAUUUUGAGUCCUAUCUUGUGAGACACAGCUAGUCAACCGUGGAUAUAAACGGCUGGAGCGGAUGCAACCAUCGGGCUCUUUACGUGAUGAUUGUGUCUUGGAUCUUUCACGUGGUGACACUUGUUCAAACAAAUAUUCUGUAUUUUUAUUCCUCAAUCACAUUUGCUCUACGGCGGCCGUACGGCAAGUCGAAAGCAACCUUUUUUCUAAUAGCUACAUAUAGGUGGUGUAAAUAGAAAUGAAUUAAAUGGCUGUUUUUGACUCGCCGUACGGUUGCAGUAGAGCAAAUGAGACUGAUGUAUUACAAUGAUCAUAAAUGGACAUAAUAUGCAGUACUCGAGCCAAUUCCUGGACAGAAAUAUCCCAAAUAUGUCCUGGGCCCAGUCGCAUAAAUGGUACCAUUAAAAUAACUUCCAUGACAUCCUUGAUUUUGAUCAGCUGUGGAUUAUUGUCGCCCCUCAGGAAAAAAAGCUUUCAGUCUUCUGUGAAUUACAUGUAUCCUGUUCAAGCAUGCUGCUGUCAUUCGUUAAUAAAUAUAUCCAUAGAUGGCACGUAAAAUCCAUCAGUGAAGGGAUCAAUCAAUCGUAUGUAUACCACUGGAACACACAUGUACAAUAAUAGUAAUUCAAUGUCAUGGAACCCUGAUCUGCAUGCCCCUAUUACAUAUUAUGCUUGAACCGUAGCCCUAGUAAGGUUUAAGCCGUGGGUCAUGCCUUUUGGAUGUGAAAGUAAAUUAUACUUUUUAGACUGCCGUCGUCAACAUUGUAAUUUAGUUUUUGAAAUGUCAUCAUAACUUAGAAAGUAUAUGGACCUAGUUCAUGAAACUUGGACAUUAUGGUAUCAAGUAUUACUGAACAUCCUGCCUGGUUUCAGGUCACAUGACCAAGGUCAAAGGUCAUUUAGUGUCAGUGAACUUACCGGUAGAUCAUCUUGAGUAUUCAAUAUCGGAACUGUAACCAAGGUUAAGUUUUUUAAUUGUCCUCAUAACUUAAGUUCAUCAUCGUAACUUAAGUUCAUGGAUCUGGUUCAUGAAACAUAGACAUAAGGUUAAUAAAGUACCACCAACUGUUUUGCACAAGUCUUCGGCACAUGAUCAAGGUCAAAGGUCAUUUAAGGUCAAUCAAUUAGUAUUUUAUUAUCAUAUGAAUGUUUCUUUUCUGAAUAAUUAUUAGUUGUUUUCAAAGUCAGCACUGCUGCUAUAUUGAAUCACAUAGCAACAAGCAUUGGAAAAACAGUCCACCUUGCACAAGUUCAUUUCUACUUGUACUUGCAAGAUAGCUACCAUGCAAGAUUUCUGGUAAUCCUCAUCUUGUCUACUUGUUUUAACGAAUACUUUUGUACAUAAUACUGUGACUGCAGUAAAUGUAAAGAAAACAGAAGAAAUAAAAUGCAAUAUAUUCAA